CCAACACUACAGCCUAAGCUUCCAGAGUGGACACGGAGAAGGGCAUCAGAAAACCAUUCUGGUGAGGUCUACACCCAUAAGUCACCAUGUACAAGGACUGCAUCGAGUCCACUGGAGACUAUUUUCUCCUCUGUGACUCUGAGGGGCCAUGGGGCAUCGUUCUGGAGUCCCUGGCAAUACUUGGCAUCGUGGUCACAAUUCUGCUACUCUUAGCAUUUCUCUUCCUCAUGCGAAAGAUCCAAGACUGCAGCCAGUGGAAUGUCCUCCCCACCCAGCUCCUCUUCCUCUUGAGUGUGCUGGGGCUCUUUGGACUCGCUUUUGCCUUCAUCAUCCAGCUCAAUCAGCAAACUGCCCCCGUACGCUACUUUCUCUUCGGGGUUCUCUUUGCUCUCUGUUUCUCGUGCCUCUUAGCCCAUGCCUCCAACCUAGUGAAGCUGGUUCGGGGUCGCGUCUCCUUCUCCUGGACGACAAUUCUGUGCAUUGCUGUUGGUUGCAGUCUGUUGCAGGUGAUUAUUGCCAUUGAGUAUGUGACUCUCAUCAUGACUAGAGGUAUGAUGUUUGUGCACAUGACACCCUGCCAGCUCAAUGUGGACUUUGUUGUACUCCUGGUCUAUGUCCUCUUCCUGAUGGCCCUCACAUUCUUCGUCUCCAAAGCCACCUUCUGUGGCCCAUGUGAGAACUGGAAGCAGCAUGGAAGACUCAUCUUUAUCACUGUACUCUUCUCCAUCAUCAUCUGGGUGGUGUGGAUCUCCAUGCUCCUGAGAGGCAACCCGCAGUUCCAGCGACAGCCCCAGUGGGACGACCCGGUCGUCUGCAUUGCCCUGGUCACCAACGCAUGGGUUUUCCUGCUGCUGUACAUUGUCCCUGAGCUCUGCAUUCUCUACAGAUCGUGUAGGCAGGAGUGCCCUUCACAAGGCCAUGCCUGCCCCGUCACAGCCUACCAACGCAGCUUUCAAGUGGAGAACCAGGAGCUCUCCAGAGCCCGAGACAGUGAUGGAGCUGAGGAGGAUGUAGCAUUAACUUCAUUUGGUACUCCCAUUCAGCCGCAGACUGUUGAUCCCACACAAGAGUGUUUCAUCCCACGGGCCAAACUAAGCCCCCAGCAAGAUGCAGGAGUAUAA